UAACAAGACCAUUCUUUGUUAUUGCGAUCCCAACUUAAAGCCUCAUAGCAUAGCCAUGUCUUCCUACACAUCUAAAACUCAAGAAAACAAAUCCAUCAAAACAUUCCAUGAACCUUUGCUAUCAACAACUUACAAACAAAUAAUGCAACUUGAAGAUCAUGAAAUAAUCCCACAAAAAACAACCCACCUCAUACUUGCUAUAAAUGAAGCAAAAUCAAUCACAAAAUUAGCACUUCCCUUAGUAUUAACCGGUCUUCUUCUUUACUCUCGCUCGAUGAUCUCCAUGCUCUUCCUAGGUCGAAUAGGCGAUCUCGCCUUAGCCGGUGGAUCUCUAGCCAUUGGCUUUGCCAACAUAACCGGCUACUCAAUUCUAUCCGGCCUAGCAAUGGGGAUGGAGCCUAUUUGUGGCCAAGCCUUUGGAGCUAAAAGAUACAAACUCCUAGGCUUGGUCAUGCAAAAAACAAUCAUUUUACUCCUUUUAGCAUCAAUACCUAUUUCAAUCCUUUGGUUUAACAUGAAGAAAAUCUUGCUAUUUUGCAACCAAGAUGUAAACAUUGCUAAUGAGGCUCAUUCCUACAUCCUUUUCUCCCUACCUGACCUUAUCACUCAAUCACUUCUCCACCCUAUAAGAAUCUACCUAAGAUCUCAAUCCAUUACACUCCCAUUAACCUUAUGUGCCGCGAUAGCCAUCUUCCUCCACAUCCCCAUAAACUACUUCCUCGUCGUACACCUUAACCUUGGUGUCAAAGGGGUUGCCAUAAGUGGGGUUUUAACCAACUUCAACCUAGUUGCAUCACUCAUUAUUUACAUUAUUCUCUCAGGCAUUUACACAAACACUUGGUGUGCAAUCUCCAAAGAAUGCAUAAAAGGAUGGAAAACCUUGAUCAAUUUAGCAAUCCCAAGUUGUAUUUCAGUUUGUUUAGAAUGGUGGUGGUAUGAAAUCAUGAUUUUAUUAUGUGGGUUGUUAUCAAAUCCUCAAGCUACAGUUGCAUCAAUGGGAAUUUUGAUUCAAACUACUGCAUUAAUCUAUAUUUUCCCAUCAUCUUUAAGUUUGAGUGUUUCAACAAGAGUGGGAAAUCAAAUGGGUGCAAAUCAACCAAAAAUUGCAAAACUUUCCACAAUUGUUGGUCUCUUAUUUAGUAUAAUUCUUGGAUUUUGUGCUCUUUUUUUCACCAUGAUGGUCAGAAAUAUAUGGGCUGGUUUUUUUACCAAAGAUGUGGAGAUUAUAGCAUUAACUUCAACAGUUUUGCCUAUAAUUGGGCUUUGUGAGAUUGGAAAUUGUCCACAAACUACAGGAUGUGGGGUUUUGAGGGGGCUUGCCAGGCCCAAAUCAGGUGCAACUGUUAAUCUAGGAAGCUUUUAUUUGGUGGGUAUGCCAGUGGCUUUAUGGUUGGGCUUUAAGUUGGGCUUUGGGUUCAAAGGUUUGUGGCUUGGGUUGCUGGCGGCCCAAGGUUCUUGUGUGGUUGCCAUGUUGAUUGUGUUGGUUCGGACCAAUUGGAAGAUUCAAGCCCAACGGGCUCAGGAGUUAACCCUAGAUGUUGGUUGUUUUGAGGGAGAGAAUUGUGAGGUUCUUCUAAAGUAAUGCAUUCGAUGGCAUGACGUAAGAACAUAAUCAACCAAUAAUAUGUUGCAUGGGAAAAGUUUCCAUCAAAUUUCUUUUUUUUUUUUAUGAAAACAAUUUCUAAACUUAUAGAAAUAUUUUAGAUAGGAGUAGAAUAAAAUUUUCCUAAAAAGAAAAAAGAAAAAAGAAAAGAAGAGUAGAAUAUGAAGAAUUAGAACUGUAGCACUUAGCAUACUAUCAAGGCUAGAUUGCAUGUAGAUUUAGGAUAAGAAUUUAUAUUGAAGUAACGAAUUUCAACCCCUAUUGUAUUUGGCUAUUUGUGUUAUAUGGAAAGGGAACAAUCUAGAAAUGGAAUUUUAAGAAUUUUGUUUAUUUCAUGGAUCUUAAGAAUUUGUUGAUCUCACGACUUUGAAUUCUAUUGUAUCGGAACUUACGGCUGUUAUGGAUUGUGACAUAUUGUGUUGUGAGUACUGGCAUAUAUUUUAAUUGAUGAAUUCAUUUUGUCUAUGAUAUAAUAAUCAGUCUACCCUCAAUGGAAAAAAAACUAGGAAAAUUUGCCAAA